AUUGAAAUUAAGGCAGAAAGAUUAUUGGAAGAACUUGAUAAUGGAGUACUAUUAUGCCAGCUGAUUGCUGUUCUUCAGGACAUGGUGAAAACAGGCAAUUCUGAAGAAUCAGGGAAUUUUCCAAUGAGAAAAGUGCCCUGUAAGAAAGAUGCUCCAUCAGGCUCAUUCUUUGCUAGAGACAAUACUGCAAACUUCCUUCAUUGGUGCAGGCACAUUGGGGUUGAUGAGACUUACCUCUUUGAAUCUGAAGGUUUAGUUUUACACAAAGAUCCAAGACAGGUGUAUCUUUGUCUUCUUGAAAUUGGUCGAAUUGUGUCAAGAUACGGGGUUGAACCACCAGUGUUAGUAAAACUUGAGAAAGAAAUUGAGCUAGAAGAGACCUUGCUUAAUACUUCUGGGCCUGAAGAAUCCAUCAGCAUUCCAAAAUCGUGUUGUCAGCAUGAAGAGCUACAUGAAGCUGUUAAACAUAUUGCUGAAGAUCCUCCUUGUAGUUGUUCUCAUCGGUUUUCCAUUGAGUACUUAUCUGAAGGACGGUACCGACUAGGGGAUAAAAUACUUUUUAUAAGAAUGCUUCAUGGAAAACAUGUCAUGGUUCGUGUUGGUGGAGGCUGGGAUACUCUUCAAGGGUUUUUGCUUAAAUAUGACCCCUGCCGAAUAUUACAGUUUGCUACAUUAGAACAAAAAAUUUUAGCAUUUCAAAAAGGAGUUUCUAAUGAAAGUGUACCUGAUUCCCCUGCCAGAACACCUCAGCCUCCUGAAAUGAAUCCUUUGUCAGCAGUUAACAUGUUUCAGAAACAAAAUACAAAACCUGGGACACCAGUUGGCGUUCCAAGGAGCAAAGACAAGCAGGUACAUGCACCAGGUGUGUCGCCCCCAGCAGCAUCUUCACGGAAAGGAGGCCGUCCAGCUUCCGUGUCAGUCCGCCCUAAAUUGCAGAACUCUCCAGCAGCAUCUUCUCAUCUCAAAUCUUCAAAAGGCAUAAUAAAGAAACCACCAGUUCCUUCAAACAGUAUACCAUCUGCACUUGGUUCUUUAAAUGCAGUAGGUAAAAGCAUUUCUUCACCAGCUUUAUCAAGAACUCCACCUUGUGUAUCUGAGUCAUUAAGAAAAUGCAUCUCGUCACCCAGUACUUCUAAAGCCAGGCUUAUCCCAGCUCAGAAGUCAAGAGAGGCACCUGAUUCUGCACUUCUGCCCAAUAAGUGCUCUGGAAAAACUGAACCACAGCAUUUUAAGCACAGUCACAUUUCUUCCAGAGGUAAUGCAGUCUCUCCCUCUGCAGCACGUUUAAAUCCACCACCCAAGGGUCCGAAGCUACCCAAAGCCAAUAUACAGGUAAAGGCUAAACCUUCUCCUUCUUUGCAGGCCCCUGCAAAAACGACAAAACCCAGUUCCAAAAGCACAGCCACAGGUCCAGUGACAAGGUCUCAGCCACUUGAUGGAGCCCCACAAGCAGGGGCAAGCCCUGCACGGAAUCUGAAAUCAGCCUUGAAUUUAAAUCACCCGGUUUCUAUGUCCUCAGUUUCUCCUGCAAAAGCCACACGGCAAUUAAAAGAUAAGAAAUUAGUUUCAGUUGCCAAAAAGCAGCCUCAGAAUAAAAUUACACGCCAGCAGACAGGACCCAGCUCCUCAAGAUCCCCUGGUCGCACUCCCCUGGCCAUUGUGAGUCUUCCCCAGUCUUCUGCCAAAACACAAACUGUACUAACAUCAGGACAGGCUGCCACUAAGGGCCAGUGUUCUGCUAAAGGGCUUCCAAAAAGUGCCAAAGCCCCAGCGUCAACCAGGAAACCACCCUCAUCUGAAAAGGAAGCGGUUAAUGGAGAUAAAACUACCACAAAGAAAAAGGAAGACGAUGACCAUUAUUUUGUUAUGACUGGAAGUAAGAAACCUAGAAAAUAA